AUGAGUGGAGGGGAUAUAAAAACAAAUUUUGCCGCAGACUUCCUAAUGGGGGGUGUGUCGGCGGCUAUAUCAAAAACAGUGGUUGCUCCUAUAGAAAGAGUAAAAAUGUUAAUUCAAACACAAGACUCUAUACCUGAGAUAAAAUCAGGACAAGUAGAAAGAUAUAGUGGUUUAAUGAACUGCUUUAAAAGAGUAUCACAAGAACAGGGUGUUGCGUCAUUAUGGAGAGGAAACUUAGCCAAUGUUAUUCGUUAUUUUCCAACACAAGCUUUUAACUUUGCUUUUAAAGAUUAUUUUAAAAAUAUAUUUCCAAAAUAUGAUCAAAAUACAGAGUUCAGUAAAUUCUUUUGUGUAAAUAUUUUGUCAGGUGCAACAGCAGGAGCAAUUUCUUUGUUAAUAGUAUACCCUUUAGAUUUCGCAAGAACAAGAUUAGCAUCAGACAUUGGAAAAGGAAAAGACAGACAAUUUAGUGGGUUACUAGACUGUUUAGUAAAAAUAUAUAAACAAACAGGAUUAUUAUCCUUAUAUAGUGGUUUUGGUGUUUCAGUUACUGGAAUUAUUGUUUACAGAGGAUCCUAUUUUGGUUUAUAUGACAGUGCAAAAGCUCUUUUAUUCAAUAAUGAUAAAAAUACACAUAUUGUAUUUAAAUGGGCUGUUGCUCAAUCAGUUACCAUAUUAGCAGGUCUCAUUUCCUAUCCAUUCGAUACGGUCAGAAGAAGAAUGAUGAUGAUGUCAGGUAGGAAAGCAAAGGAAGAAAUUCAAUACAAAAAUACAAUAGAUUGUUGGAUUAAGAUUUUGAAGAAUGAAGGCCUUGGAGGGUUCUUUAAAGGGGCAUGGGCUAACGUCAUUAGAGGCGCUGGGGGAGCACUUGUCCUUGUCUUCUACGAUGAAUUACAAAAGCUUAUUUAA